UUGUGAAUAUUGGGGUUUAUAACCAGAAUUGUGAGGUGAAUCCAUCAUCACGACCAAAUACGAUUGUUGGAUAUUAUCCGGCUUAUAAAUAUAAUUUGAAAGCAGAUGACUUAAAUAAACUUAUAAUACUAUUGGGUUUAAAUUACUAUAGCAUUUGGCCCGAUCUUAUUAGUGGCACCGGACCAUAUACAGUGUUUACUGAUCCACAACAUUUCGAUAAAUUUAAUCAAUUUAGAGACUAUCUUGUUGGAAAUCCUAACCGGAAAUUCCAGAUAAAUAUUGAUAUUGAUUAUCCUAAUAAGCUUCCAUGCUAUCCACCGCCAGAAAUACCGUUCACUACUGAUGAGCUAAAUUCUGUUUUCAUACCGUUCCUAAAUGAUUUAUCAAGCCAAUUAAAGAAAUCUAAUAGCAGUAAGAUUUUAACGGUCACAGCAGGCCAGUAUCCUAUAUCUGGUCUUAACUCCAGCAAUUCUGAUAUUAUUAAGUUUGUGAAUAUUCAGGCAUUUUAUCUUAAUAUAGGUAACAGAUCUGCGGGUGCAGGAAUAGACAAUAUUCAGAAAAUUUUUGAUGCUUGGAAAAGUUAUGUCAAUAAAUCAAAACUCGUUUUGGGAAUCGAUUUUGGUGGUAUUGUUGAAGUCGUUACUUCUAACAAUAUUACAGAGGAUACCAUUAAUCAAAACCUUGCGGUUGUAAGUGACCCAAAUGUUCAACUCCCAUCUUAUGAUGAGAGGAUUCAAGAUCUAUGCGGACGUUCAGUAUAUGCGACUUUGUCGUGGAAAAAUUUUUCUAACUUAUUAUUACUUUGUGAUACAAGUACCAAUAAAGAUUCAAAAUGGAAUUAUGGCUUUGAUAAUAAAUCUCAACAGCCAUAUCUUUACCAACAACAACAGAACACUCCUACACGAUACUAUUAUGUUUCUUAUGACAAUCUUCAAUCACUAAAAUCCAAACUUGAUUACGUGCAGGAUAAUGCACUAGGAAUUGCAAUUUUCGAUAUAAAUAAAGAUAUAGGCGAUGGAACAUUGAUGAACUUCAUAAUAGGUGGUACUAAUCCAACUAACACAUCUCCGAAAACAACUCAGUCUACAUCCACACCCACAUCAUCUAUAUCUCAGUCAUCUCCGUCCAAUGUAGGUGUAAUAGUGGGUGGUGUAAUAUGCUCCUUUAUUUUUGUUAGCGCAUUAGUGGCGGCUGGUUUUAUAUUAUAUCGAAGAAGACACGGAUCAAAAAUGUCUAACCCACUUAUAGAUACAAAUAAUCAGGCUUGCUCUGAUACAAAUCCUCAGAUUUACUCUGAUAUAAAUCGUCAG